AUGAUAAAAUUCCAUAAAAAUAAAGACAAAAACUUAUUCGUGGAAAAUUUAAAUAAGUUGAAGACUCUUGAAGGCGAUUUUGGAAAUAUCCAUGUCAAACGAGAUUUAAAUAAAGAAGAAAGAUUGGAAAGGAAGAUUGGAUUGGAAAGUCCAGGAUACAGAGGUAUAUUUUUCUACACGAGGAUUGGAAUUAAUUCGACUGAACUUGAUUUAGGCAUACCCUUUAAAGAAUAUAUAUGCAUAAAAAUUGAGAGUUGUUCACUGGAGUUACUGUUUUUGGUGAUAUACAGAAGUCCUAAUUCAGAUAUUUACAAUAAUGAACAGUUGUUUGCCAUAUUAAAGUCAAUUUUUGGCUUGAAAGGAUUAAAAAUAGUGAUUGGAGAUUUCAAUAUGAUUAAGGGUGCCACUAGAUACAGGGCUAGUCAAACACAAAAUCUUCUACAUCUGUUAUUAGUUCAAUAUGAAAAUAUCAUCAAAGAGCCGAAGGAGGAAAUUGGAUAUGCAGGAGUGCCAUGUAACAGAGAGUUGCAGCAGUCGAAUCGAGAUAAUACAAGACAGCGUGCUAGCGUGGAGGCCAUUUCAACUGUCAGGAAAGGUCAUAGACCAAAUAAUGUAGUAGCAUAUUUUGAUGAGAGCAGAGGUGUGAGCUUUGAAAAUUUCGAGCAUUUAGUUGAAGGAAAUUAA